AUGAAGUACGAGACAUCCAGUAUGUCAUCCUCAUCAAGAAGAAGGCACAAGGCACACCCAACUCUGCCAAACCUAUCCAAUGCAUCCAGCUCUCUGAGCUCCCGCAGGAAACAAUCAAGCCCUGGAACACGGCCUCCCUUGGAUCCAUCUAUGAUCUCACCUCCGAGCUUGAUCAACCCGGUGACCAUGGAGCCGCAUGCCACACACUUCGACCAGGCCUUGUUCAUCCCUGCCAAUGAUGGCGCAAGCCCUAUUCCCAGCCCUGUGGCCAGCUCCCCUCCUAUUUCGCGCCAGUGGACUGCUACCUCCAUGGAGCGUCCGUCUAUCUCCACCAUGGAUGCCUACUGUGAGCAAUCCGUUUGGGAAUCAGACUCAGAAAACGAGUCAAUUAGCAACAAAUCACUCUCCCGCAAACCUAUCGAUACAUUACGCAAAGUUCGCAGCAGGGCUAAGUUACGCGCCGCCAAAUCUCAACCUCGCCUACGCCAAGCUGUGCUCGAUGACCACCUCCCUGAACGCUUCCCAUGUAUGCCAGAUGAUGCUCCCAUCGAGUUUCAUGACCCCUUCCGGGGUGGCAGCAUAGAUCGCCCUAGCACUGGUCGGCCCAGUAUUAGCCGCCCCAGCACCAGCCGGGAUGGCUCAAGGGCUCACCCUCUUCAAACCCUCCGGCUAGUUGCACCGUCAUCCGUCUCCCUUGUCAAGCCUCGCUCCCAACAUAACAGCAGCAGUGGUCUCCAUGAUAGUGCCACUGAGUCCGAAAUGGACUGGUCUGCAGCUGCAGCCAUGCAAGCCCAGUACCGUCGUCGUGAACGCUCCGACACACCUGAAUUCGCCAAACCAGAAAAAGAGCAGCUCACAUCCAUGUGCUACGAGCAACACUCCCAGGCCACUUUUCAAGACGCAGCCCAAGAACAGAAGCCCUUUUUCCGCCGCAUGCUAGACUCCAUUCGAUCACUCAACUGCGCCCGCCCUACGAAAUCAACCACGACUACUACUAUCUGA